AUGGAAAACACACUCCUGGAGAAAGCAUUUGUGGGCAACGCUUGCAGGGAGUAUAACACUAGGGUAGAAAUCCAUGUAGAUAAAUUGGUACAAAUUUUGCUCAAAGAAGACGGAAAGGAAGUGGAUAUUUCAAACGCAGUGGACAAUCUUAAUUUUGACAUCAUGGCGGACUUGAGUUUUUCAAAACAUGCUGGCCUACAAGAUGGUACGGGGGACAACUCAUACAUGUCAUAUAUCCACAAGUAUAUGUCAUUCGCUGCUAUGAUCGGAGCUCUACGAAAUAUAGCCCAACUUCUUGCCUAUAUCCCUGAAACGUCCGAAAUACGAAAAUUCCGGGAGAAAGGCGAAGCAAUGCUGAAAGAACGACAAGAACGCGGUUCAACUUAUCGAGACGUCUUUUCCUAUUUAUUAUCAGUAGAUUCAAAAGGUGGCGAGAAGUUUACGCAAAAGGAGUUGAACUCUAAUGCCAAUUUAAUCAUUGUAGCUGGGACAGAUACAACAUCUUCCACGGUAGCACAAAUGUUGAGGGCAUUGGCCAAGGAACCACGGAUCCUCUGUAAACUUCAAAGGGAAAUCGAUGAAUUAUGUAUAUCGAUGGGCAAAGGCAGCGAAAUAACUAUAAAUUCUAUCCGAAACUUGGAAUAUUUGAAUGCCGUCGUUAACGAAGGUUUACGAUUGUAUAACCCUGUACCAUCUGGUGCACAUGCGGCAACUUAUCCACAAGGUGUUGAAGUGGGGGACAUAUACAUUCCAGGGAAUGUACAAGUAGAGAUUACACAACUAGCACUCAUGAAAGAUGAGAGAUACUUCGCGCAGGGUAAAGAAUUUAUUCCGGAACGUUGGACGUCUGAAAGACCAGAGCUGGUGAAAGAUAGAAGGGCUUUUAUACCUUUCGGCUAUGGUGUUCAUUCGUGUGUAGGCAAAACUCUUGCGCUUCAGGAACUUCGUCUGAUAGUUGCGCGUAUAUUUCGCACAUUUGAUAUUCAAUUUGGUCCCUCGUAUGACGAGGCAGUAUUUGAAAGCGAGUGGAGGGAUUAUCUGGCUGUUAAGCUUGGAAAGUUAUGGCUAAAAUUCCUGCCGCGAAAGCUUGACGAUAUUGCGAUGUGA